UGAUUCUCACAUGAAAAUAGGAUUUUUUUGGUUUUCUUUUCUCCCAAAAUCGACCACAUCUCGAGCCCACAGUGCACCAACCAUUGAGUCACUUGUUCGAAAGUACGAACCCAUCCACAGUAUAUCUUCUCUAGCUGACGUACUUUGGGCACGUAAGGUGCUUGUGUGUAUGUGUCGAUCUAGUCGUCCUUUAGACAUUAUUUUCGUCGGUCGUGUGCAAUAAGCGAGAACCAAGCAGCCACAGCGCAGUGUUGUGAAUGUGAUGCCCUGAUCCGGUCCCUAAAAACGGCGGUGGGUUAUGUCGUGCUGCACUUUCUAGCUCUGGGUGAAUAAAAACCACAUCGAGUGAAACACAUUUUGCUACACUUUUAAAGCAUUCAAUUCGUACGGUUCUCACUAUCAAACAAAUAAGCUAGUGUUGUGUUCGGUUUGGUGUUUUUGUGCUUUCUGUGCAGUUUUGUGUUGUUUUUUUUUGCUCUGGGAACGGAUUAACGUUAACGCAAGUGUUCCGCGGGAGAAAAAAAAAAACAGUUAGUGAAGUGCCACCGACAAAACCACCCCCCGGGUACGGUAUUACAAGAGGGCAGGCUAGAAUUCAGUCGCAACACCAUAGCCAGAGACCAGUGCACGCCUAAACGAUGCCACUGUUCGGGAAGUCGCAGAAAAGCCCCCAGGAGCUGGUGAAGGCUCUGAAGGAGGCGGUAAACUCGCUGGAGCGCGGUGAUAAAAAGGCGGAAAAGGCACAGGAAGAUGUCAGUAAGAAUUUGGUAUUGAUCAAAAACAUGCUCUAUGGAACUUCCGACGCCGAACCGCAAACGGAAAUCGUUGUUUCCCAGUUGGCCCACGAGCUGUACAGCACCAAUCUGUUGCUACUUCUCAUACAGAAUCUAAACCGCAUCGACUUCGAGGGUAAAAAGGACGUGGCGCAGAUCUUCAACAAUGUGCUCAGACGACAGAUCGGUACACGCUCACCGACGGUGGAAUACAUCUGCACAAAGCCCGAGAUUUUGUUCACGCUAAUGGCCGGCUACGAGCAUCAGGAGAUCGCACUCAACUGUGGCACAAUGUUGCGGGAGUGUGCCCGUUACGAGGCGCUCGCGAAAAUAAUGCUCCACUCGGACGAGUUUUUCAACUUCUUUCGCUACGUCGAGGUGUCCACGUUCGAUAUAGCGUCCGAUGCAUUUUCCACGUUCAAAGAGCUGCUCACCCGCCACAAGAUCCUGUGUGCCGAAUUUCUCGAGCAGAACUACGACAAGGUGUUUAACCAUUACGAACAUCUGCUCAACUCGGAAAAUUACGUGACGAGGCGGCAGAGCCUUAAGCUGCUCGGUGAGCUGUUGCUCGAUCGACACAACUUCACGGUUAUGACAAAGUAUAUCUCCAAUCCAGACAACUUGAAACUGAUGAUGAACAUGCUCAAGGAGAAGUCGCGCAACAUACAGUUUGAGGCGUUCCACGUAUUCAAGGUGUUUGUCGCGAAUCCAAACAAACCGAAACCGAUCCUGGAUAUACUGUUGCGCAACCAGGAAAAGCUGGUCGAUUUCCUGACCCGAUUCCACACCGACCGUUCGGAGGACGAACAGUUUAACGACGAGAAGGCUUACCUGAUCAAACAGAUCAAGGAGCUAAAGCCGGCACCGGAUCAAUAGUCGUGCGUCGCUGUUAUCGCCAACACCUCAACCACCAGCAACACCAUCGGUAUCGUCAUCAUCCUACAGUCGUAGUGCCAGGCCUACCAAUUUGCCUGAUUAAUUCCAUUGCCACACACCGUACCUCCAUCAUGCGUGAAUAUGUAUGUGUGUGUGUGUGUCAUUGUUGUGCGUUGUAGUAUAAGUGACGAUACUUAACACAUCCUUUCCAAUAAAAAGGGGAAGUUGUGCUGACUAAUUAUAGCAAAGAUUAUAGCUGAUUGGAAAAACAAUUACAAAAAAAAGCAACAAAACGAAUCAACCGUAAGGAAAAAGAAAAAAAAACACACACACACACUAGGCAAAGGAGUAGCAAAGCGUAACGAACGAAUAGAGGAAAAGAGAGGAAGGUGUUCCCACAGUGCCGAGACACAACCAGGUUAUGCAGAAGGUCCUUCUGCACAGGACGACUACUACCCGUCCUACGCGGUAUAUAAAAUCUACCAAUACCAAUGUAAUGUGGUUGGCAGCAGAGCGUUACGCCAAAUAACGAGUUAACGAACGAAACGCUUCGACGCUGUGUCGCGAAUGAUUCGCAGGGUUCGACAAGCAUGACGUGUGAUACAAUAAUCAUUCGCUCCCAUUGCGAGGCACGAAACGGAAAUCGCAAUUAACACCGUGAGUAAGCGGCACGUGAAGUGGAUGUAGAGGGAUGUUAGGAUACCUUGGUUGAGGGUUGGGAUUUGAUUUAUCUUUAUCUUCAUGUUAAAUUUUUGUGGUUAAACAUUUUCUGUCCAGCAUACAUUUCCGGCUUGUUGCGAUUAUUCCACGGAAACUAUUUUUUCUUCUUCUUAACUUUUUUGUUAAUUAACCGUGCAUUGUAUGUGGUAAAAGUUUUAUUUUUAAGCAUGUAUGCUGAUUUUUUUCUUCUCUCUGUUGUUUGUGAGUAAAACAUAUGUUUUUUAAUAUGAUGCUUCGAUCAUGGUAAAGAUUUUUCGAUGCUAGUGUGCUUUCAAAACAUUGCCUUUCCCAACAUCACGAGGUGGGGAAGGGAGGAGGCGUUUAUAUCCUUUUUGUGGGCAUAAUUAUGGUGGAGAAUUUCUAUAUAUAUUUUUUUGUUUUAGUAAGACAAGUUAUCUGAUAGUGUUAUAUAUAAAUGUAUAUUUAUAUAUUGUACAUAAUUCUAUUCCACUUAUAUCGGUUCAAUAACGCGAUUACGAAGUACGUGAAAAAUCACACAAGCUUAUUCAUAGGAAGUGGCCCGCAUUGUGCGCACACCGGGGCGUGGUUAAAGAUUUCGUCAAGUUUAUUUUUCGAUUUGUUUACGUUUUUUUUUUGCAAACAGAAUAGUUUAUCAAAUCGAUUAGCGGGAUGUUUUUUUUUCUUCCUUUGCAUAUAUUAUUCAUACGCAACCAUCACUGUGCACACCGUUCAAAUACGUCGCUAGGAGAAGAUCGAAAAUAAAAACGGAUUACAGAAAUGAAUUGUUUGGCAAGGCAGGUACUGCAAAAAUAGGAAAAAGCUUUAAAUUAUAGACAAAAAAAAUAGUCAAACAAAAUUAAUGAAAAUGAUUUAAUUAGGCAUUUACACAACCCCCCCCCCCCCCGCCCGCAGAGCAAUCAAUUAAUAUUAAUUUAUACAUCCCGUUAUCGUUAGUUUUCCUUCCCUGCUUUGACAUUCAUGAAUACUUUUUUUUUAAAUAAGCAAAGAAGUAAAUGUAGCAAGCAAUACGACAAACUAUCACAGUAACGCCUAUCAUUACUUUACAUGCGAACAGAACAGUAAAGAAAUCGGUUAAUCCGUGUUCGGAUGAAAGGUAGAAAGGUAGCAAGGCGAUGAAUGCGUAAAUGUUGUAUAGUGUUUGUUUCUUUCAUAUAUAGCAACAAAAAAAACAAGGAAGGAGCUAUCUAUAGAUGCAAUAUAUAAGUGAUUGUUGGAAAACGUAACGUAAUUGUAAUAAGUUUGGCAAAUCUUAGUUGUUUAGUGAUGAGUUAAAUUAAAAAUUAAUCGAUUAAAUUUACCGAUCAAUUCCUAAAUCAUUCAUAACAUAAUUGCGGCAUUGCACGUACAUACGGGAAGGCGGAACGGUAGUGGUGAUGUAGCGUAGUUGUAGUGGAGCAUAGCAAGUAUAGCGAAAUAGGAUUUUAAACGAAUGAAAUUGCAUAUUUUUAAACUGUACGGAUACAACAUGUUUAAUGCAUCCAUACACUCUUACAUAUUGUUUAAUGCAAAACCACGCACGGAAGCGAAGAUUUCUUUAACGCGUUACAUUGCGUUACAUUUUUAUAACGUACAACAACAACAACAAAAAAUCCCCUACGUUUUUCCCUAAAUUUCACGUUAUUCGUAACAACAAAAAAGCGGCCCGGAAAAAAAAAUAAUUGCAAUAUUUUCUUUGUACGUUUUCUAGAUUGUUUGUUUUAGAUUUUUUUGGGAAGGAGAAUUAAUUAAAAAGAAAUAAUAGAUUAAAUCAGGCAUGUGCAACCUGGGGCACUAGUUUUAAAAUUUCAUGGUAAUAGCUCCAUUAUACCAAAUUAAGAAUGAAAAGUGCAAAACAUACCCGGUUAAUACAACAUUCAAAAAUAAGAAAAAAAAAGGUUUUAAAUCCUAAUUUUAAUUUUCAAGAAUCCAACAAUGCGCGUUCAGUUCGAAAGAGACUGGAUAAAAUUUUACUACAUCUCAUUAAUAUAUCAAUGCAUCCUUUGAUUUUGAAUGUGGCCCAAAAAGGGCUCUAAAAGGUUGCUCAUCCCUGGGACAGUAGAUAGUUUGCUAUAACCAUAAUAGUUCCCCGGGGGGGAGGGGGUUUGGAACCCGGAUGGGAUUUGACCGUUACCAUCUCCACCACCAUUGCGUUACUUUUCUGGAUGAAGUUACUAAAUCGGUUUGCGCUAAACACAAAUGAAAUGACUUUCAUUUGCUUCAAUUUUUUUUAAAUAUCUAGGGGCAUUAUUAGGAAAACCAAUUUUUUGUUACUCUUAUAUAUCAUAGCGAAAAGGAUAAUGAAGUAUAAUAGUGAGAGAGAGAAAAAACAACCAAUACCACUUCCACUACUACUACCGCUACUCCUACUUUCUACAAUAUCAACUGAAAAACUACGUGACGUUGAUGAAAAUAGUACGAUUAUUGUCAUAAAUAUUAUGCUUUAAAAUAAUAUAAUUAUUAUCAUUACUUUUUUGUUUCCCUUUAAACAUAUUGCGCGUUUUGGAUUGCAUGUAGAAAACGGAAUCGGUUUAUUUAUUUAUAAUCGAAAAUUAACGACAACAGAACCCUAUGCUGAUCGGUUGGAAUCGGUUGCAUAAUUUAAAAUAAACCCUGUUGGUGUGUGUGUCUGCGCGUGCGUGUGUAUGGAUGUGUGUUAGCAUUAUAUAUGCACGGUAUGUAGAGAUACGCAAAUAUCUAUAGCAAGGUGAUAGGAAGAAGAAACAAAACAAAAAACAAAACAAAUAUUAUACAAAACAGCAAUACACGGUUUUACAAACCAAGUGCAAGGUGGCUAAGCGAAAUGCAACAAGCAAAAAAAAAACGAAACAAGAAAACAACAACUAAAACCAUGUACUGAAAAAAUUAUCAUUUCGGAUCAAUUAAACAAA